UGAGAAAAGUUUUCUUGAGGUGGUAGGUAACCUUUAAGUAUACUUUAGAUAUAUAAAAUACAUUACAAUUUUGGAUUGAAGUAUUGUUCUGAAUCAUCAAAUCAAAUAUGAGUACUGCACACAUGUCACCACAAGAGGAACAGGAAAAACUCCUUGAGGAAUCCUUACAAGUAGUCAAAUCGCAAGCAUUUCUGAUGAAAAGAUGUUUGGACAAAGCCAAAAUAAUGGAUGCUUUGAAACAUGCUUCAAAUGUACUUGGAGAACUACGGACCUCACUGUUAUCACCAAAGAGUUACUAUGAAUUGUACAUGAGUGUUAGUGAUGAACUAAGACAUCUCGAAAUUUUCUUGCUGGAUGAAUUCAACAAAGGACGCAAAGUAAACGAUCUAUAUGAACUGGUCCAAUAUGCUGGCAAUAUUAUUCCUAGAUUAUACCUAUUGAUUACUGUUGGUAUUGUUUACAUCAAAUUUGGUGACGUUCCUAAAAAAGAUGUGAUCAAAGAUUUGGUUGAAAUGUGUCGUGGAGUUCAGCACCCAUUGAGAGGGUUGUUCUUGAGAAAUUACCUUCUCCAAUCAACUCGAGGGCAACUACCUGAUAGUGAUACUGAUGACCAAAGCGAAGGUACCGUGAAGGACUCUAUUGAUUUUAUUCUCUUAAAUUUUGCUGAAAUGAAUAAACUUUGGGUACGAAUGCAACAUCAAGGUCAUUCAAAAUACAAAGAGAAGAGAGAAAGAGAACGACAAGAGUUAAGAAUUCUUGUGGGUACUAACCUUGUUAGACUUAGUCAGCUUGAAGGUGUUGAUGUUGAGACGUACAAAAAAGAUGUUUUACCUGGAAUUUUGGAGCAAUGCAUUUGUUGUCGUGACCCAAUUGCACAGGAGUAUUUGAUGGAAUGCAUUAUUCAGGUUUUUCCAGAUGAAUUUCAUCUACAAACCCUCAAUGCUUUUUUGAAAGCUUGUGCGGAACUUCAUCAAGAUGUCAACGUGAAAAACAUCAUCAUUGCUCUUAUUGAUCGAUUAGCUAUGUUUGCGCACCGAGAUGAUGGACCAGGAAUUCCAAACGAUAUACGACUAUUUGAAAUAUUUUCACAACAAGUUGCUCAUGUUAUACAAUCUCGAAGCGACAUGCCCACUGAAGAUAUCGUAGCUCUUCAAGUUUCCUUGAUCAACUUAGCCUUGAAAUGCUACCCUGACAGAGUUGAUUAUGUUGACAAAGUUCUCGAAUAUACGGAAGAGAUUUUCAGCAAGCUAAAUCUUGCUCACAUCGACAAAAACAACGCAGUCUCCAAAGAACUUAUGCGUCUUCUGAAAAUUCCUGUUGACAUAUACAACAAUGUGUUGACCAUUUUAAAGCUCAAGCAUUUCGCACCACUCUUUGAUUACUUUGACUACGCAACACGUAAGGAAAUGGCCAUGUAUGUGAUAAAUAACGCGUUAGAUAACGACACUUACAUCCCAUCUAUGGAAGAAGUGGAAGGUAUCUUGCAGCUUGCUGCUCCACUUAUCAUGGACCAAGACGAUCAACCGACUGAACCAGAAGAUCCUGAAGAUUUUGCAGAAGAACAAGGCCUUAUGGGACGGUUUGUAACGUUGUUAUACUCAGACAAUCCUGACCAACAGUACCUUAUAUUAAAUACUGCUCGUAAAAACUUUGGCAGUGGUGGAGAGAAGCGUAUUAGGUGGACUCUCCCUCCCUUGGUGUUCGCUGCAUUUCGACUUGCGUUUAUAUACAAGGAUCAACAGGAUCAGGAUGAUAAAUGGGACAAGAAGUGUCAAAAAAUAUUUCAAUUCUGUCACCAGACUAUCUGCGCUCUCUGGAAAGCAGAUUAUGCCGACUUGUCGCUCCGCUUGUUUUUGCAAGGCGCGUUGGCCGCCGAUCAACAGAGGUUCACGAACGCAGAAACUGUUGCUUAUGAGUUUAUGAGUCAGGCGUUUGCAAUUUACGAAGACGAAAUAUCAGAUUCAAAAGCACAACUAGCCGCCAUUACAUUAAUCAUCGGGACGUUCGAACGUGCAAGUUGUUUCACAGAAGAGAAUCACGAACCACUUCGCACUCAGUGUGCUUUAGCCGCCUCUAAACUUUUAAAGAAACCAGAUCAAUGUCGUGGCGUUUCAGUGUGUUCUCACUUGUUUUGGUCAGGAAGAGUAUUUGAUGGCGAAGGAGAAGAAAAGGAGAGUUCAGAGUGUCGUGAUGGAAAGCGUGUUAUGGAGUGUUUGAAGAAGUCUUUACGUAUCGCCAACCAGUGUAUGGACCCAACAGUUCAAGUGCAGUUGUUUGUCGAGAUACUCAACCGAUACUUGUACUAUUAUGAAAAGGGGAAUGAAGCUGUAAAUGCUACAAUUUUGAAUCAGUUGAUUGACAAAAUACGUGAAGAUCUUCCUGGAUUAGAAGUAAGCGAAGAAGCAGAAGCGAUAAAUAAACAUUUCCAAAACACACUUGCUCAUAUCCAAACGAAGAAAGAAAGUGGCGAUGAAAACGAGGCCGCAAUUUAUCAGGACUUUGUAUUUUAAUCUUUGUAGACAUUUUUAUUUCGAAUGGGGAGGGCGUUGAUUUAAAAUUCGAUAUC